AUGUUCACCCGGCGCAAGGCGGCACAAGCUGUGGACCCACCCUCCACAGCGCUCUUACCGAGUCUGCCAUCGGCACAAUGCACUGUGCUUCUCGCCCUUGUCGAGCACUUGGCAGCCCACAAGGCCCACAAGUCCAAACUGUUCCAGUUGGAAGGCAGACCGUCCGAGAGGAAAACCCUCCUGGAGCACGUGUACGCCGGCACCCACCCGACAUCCCUUAAGCCGUUCUCGUCCCGUUCCAUGUCGUUCGUCGUGCGGCAUGUUUUGGCUACACAAUAUGCGCCACUGCUACCUUAUCCAGCGUACGAUAAGCUAGUGUCUGCGGUGCAAGCACCACAUGCUGCAGCGUUUACUGCGGCAGUCCAGACCGAGCUCAACGCUAUGCCAAGUGCUCAUGCCAAACUCCUCCAAGCGUUGUGCCUCCUCAUGGACAAGGUAUGCAUGCAACUGAUGGUGGCCGAAGAAGGCCUUGUUGUACACCUGGGCGUGCAUCUCUGUCGCCCGUCGGAAAAUCCCAAAACACUCCAGGGCACAGUUGGGUUGCGGCGUAAUAUGUGCACGCGACUUCUUGGAACCUUCCGAGCCCUCGACUUUGGAGGCAAAUCUAGGGUCGUGACCCCGGCCCCUGGCCAUCGUCGACGCAGCAGCUGUCGUACGUGGAGUCCCUCACUCGUCCAGGACACAGAACGAUUUCUGGCAUACAUCCUGGCGUCGAAUGCCCCCAAACAAGACUUGUUUCUGCGGCAGCCAGAUACCUCGAAUGUUCAAAUGCUCCUCGCUAACAACUCCAUUGCAGUUGAUCAAUGCCCCUUGCACGACGUAGCAGGCGUCGUCAAAGCUAUUUUACAUCGCACCGACGCACUGGUGCCAGAGGAAAUGUACUCGCUGUGCCAAGACCCCGACGGACACAAAUUUCAUCUUGCGCUGACUCACUUGCCGCCGCUUCACCGCCGCAUCGUGUGGCAAUUGUUUCGUUGCAUCGUGCAGGCUGUGCAAGCCGGCGCGUCCAUCGAGUUGCUCAGUGCUGCGCUGUCUUGCCACAUCUUUUCCCAGCUCAAGUUCCUCGGGCCGGCAUCGGGAGGCGCAGCCACCAAGUAUCAUCGCCACGAGUUGGAACGCCUCGCCACCCAAGUGCUUCGCUGCGUCGAGGCGAUUUCCAGGCGACACGAUGCAACUUGUGGCAGUUUUCGCGUCGCCGUGCUGGCUGUACGAGUGGCCCUUCGGCUGAAAGGAGGCCUUCGUCGCGACCUGAACGCCUUGCGAAGCGACGAGACGGCCCCUAGUCACGCACAGGAAGCUGUUGUCGUGCUAGCCUCCUGCGCUGCGACGGCCACAAGCACUUCAAAACCCCAUAGCGAGAUUCGUGCCACUACAACAUCGGUAGCAUCUACACAGGGUUUGCGUGCAAGUAGAGAAGCUCAAGAGCUUUCCACCACACAAGCUUUCACCUGUCUGACCGCCGCAGACGACUCCGCAACGUCCGGCACAGCAGCCAUUCCAAGUGUCGUGGCGCACGCGAUAGCCGCCGCCCACGUGAACUCAAGGCACGACGCGCGUCAGGCUGACAGAGUUUAUUCCACCAACAUGGCCAUUCCAAGCGACACCAAAUCCAGUCCGUGUCGAAAUGCCGACGCCGCUGUGCCACUAGCACGCUCGCCUUCGAAAGCUGUGUCCCACUUGGACGUCCACGUUGAUUCGACCUCGAACGCACAUGCCGUUUGCAAGUCGACGUCGCCCGCACGGCAAAUGACAUGGCUGUCGUCGCAUGCAAACCUGAAGGCCAAGCCAAAUCGAGCAAAUGUGGGGAACGCGCGAUCGUCGCCGACCAUUUCCCACGACGACAUGACAACCUCGAUAUUGCCACUCCCGACGCAGUCGGCAUUACCGCGAUCCAUUGCACUUUUGACCCACGACGACACCACACCAGCCAACAGUGCGGAAGGCAAGGUCGCGUUUGCGCCUUCUCUCGCGACGCCGCAGCCCUUGUUACGUCCAACUGCAGUUGACAGCGCGAUUUCAAGUGUGGCGGAUGACGCCGCUGACCACCCAACCCACUCGUUGGAGUGCUCUGUGGCAAUCGAUCACAUAAACGAAUCUGUCCUCCCUCUCCGACGUCGCUCAUCCAAACAAGGACACAGCGGCGUAGGAAAGGCGGCGAGCCGAGCUGCGAUUCCAGCUGAGUGGCGUCCCAUAGCGCCAGUCGGCAGCGUGGCUCUAUUGGAAAGCCCGACGUCGAAAGCCAAAGUGGGCUCUUUUCCCACCGCUUCACACCUAAAUCAAGACCAACAGCUCGAGCAGGACUUCCCCGACGAAAUCUCGAAAAUGCUUCAACAGCCGAAUCAAGACUUAGCAGCUCAACUUGCUCUCUGGGAGCAUCUCUCGACAUUCAAGUUGUUCGAUGCCACGGGUCGAUUUGUGCCAUGGAGCGAUAUUGCGACGCUCGUGUCGGACCCAAGCGAAACGCAGUGUCGCGAGCGCUUCGAAGCGCUCCGUGUGCCGCUAGCGCGACCAAAAGCUCUUUGGCGUGUUCUGUACGCCAUUUAUGCUGCGUACAAGGCGCCACACGACGUGUUGGAAUGGCCCGGUGUGCAGCGCCUGUGCCGCGAUUGUCUCUUGCCGUGCCAGUCUCACCAACGCAUCAUGAAUGCCUUUCGCAGCGUUGGGUCGACCACAACGGGCUUGGCAUUCCAUCAGUUCUAUGGCCUUCUCGCCCACUUUGACGACCCAAAUGUGCCUGGCGCGUCCACCAUCCCAAUCCAGGACGUCGUUAUGGUCUAUCUGCUUCCGUCGGCCCGUCGAACGAUCGACGCGGACAAGGUGCAGCCAUCCGGUCAGGAAGCGCAAUGGCCGCCUCAACUACGUCGCUUGGUAUUCCGGAGACUACCAGCAAUCAAAAUGUUGUGUAGCCAUUUUGCGCGCCCAGGUGCCGCACGGCGGCGCGAACCCACGACAAUGCGCCUACAAUUCCGCGAGAUGCUGGCAUGGCUACAACACCUUCACAUCGUCCCCGACCUGGCCAACGAAAAUAUCGUUCGGGAGAGAUUCUUGUCCAGUUUGGGCAGUUGCGAGGCGGACGGACAGCCGUCCAUCGGGAUGGCCUUCCCAGCCGCUGUCGCGUGGAUAAUGGAUCUGGGCUUGUCCAUCCUGAGCCACCCUCGCCUCGCCCGGGUGUAUUCGACCGAAGUUGACAAGGUGCUCGUAGUGCUCGACGUGUGGGGCCUUGCGGACGAGACCCUCCUACGUGGCGCGUCGGUGGACGUCGGAUCCUUCGAAGAGAUCUAGCACUAUUUACACGUCUUACAGUCUGUGCGAA